AUGGAUGCAAAGAAGGGUCUGGAUGGAUGCUUCAUAAAGCUCACUACUGGUCAACAGAUCCUUGCUGCUACUGGAAGAGAUGGGAACAAUAAUAUAUUUCCCAUUGCAUGUGGAAUUGUUGAUAAGGAGGACACAGAUUCCUGGACUUGGUUUCUGUAUCAGCUGAAGAUAGCACUAGGUGGCCAAUCUGGGAAGUUUGGCAACUACACAAUAAUUUCUGAUAGGCAGAAGGCUAAGCUUCAGCCAGAGGACUUUGUUGAUGAUUUCUUCAAAAAACCUAUGUACCUGGCAGCUUACAGUCCUAUAAUAUAUCUUGUACCUGGCCCUGACAUGUGGCCAAGGACAGAUAGUUUGGACAUUGAGGCUCCUGUUUUCAAAGAACACAAGGGCAGAGCACAGACUAAGAGGAGAAAGGGACAAUUUGAGAAGCCAGCUCCCAAAGACACUUCAAGAAUGGCCUCAAUUACCUGCUCCAACUGUAAAAAGGUGGGCCAUAGGUACACCAAUUGCCAUGAUGCUCUAAAGCCUGCACUUGCUAUGAGAAAGAACAAACAUCAGCCAAGCACCAGCUCUUACCCACCUGAUAGUAGAAGCACACCAGCUCCAGCAAGGACUGCAGCCUCUGCUGUUGCCACUGCUGGUGGAUCAUCAAGGAGGGCAACAUCUGCUGCUAGUCCAGCUCCAGCAAGGAGGGCAACAUCUGCUACUAGUCCAGCUCCAGCAAGGAGGGCAACAUCUGCUGCUGCUCCAGCUAGGAGGCAGCCAGCUGCUCCAGCUGCUCCCAAGGGUAAGGCAGCAGCCAGUAAAUCUUCAUCAUCUGCUCCCAAGAGUAAGGCACCAGUUGCUCCCAAGGGUAAGGCACAAGCAACCAGAUCUUCAUCAGCUGCUGCAAAGGGACCAAGGUUAGCUUUCAUGCCUCCAAGACCAAAUGAUGGUUCCCAGAGAGCCAGGAAGCCCAGCAACAAAAUGAAGGAUUACUUGACUGCCUCUGGUGCAAAAUGGUACACCAAUUGCCAUGAUGCUCUAAAGCCUGCACUUGCUAUGAGAAAGAACAAACAUCAGCCAAGCACCAGAUCUUACCCACCUGAUAGUAGAAGCACACCAGCUCCAGCAAGCACUGCAGCCUCUGCUGCUGCCACUGCUGGUGGAUCAUCAAGGAGGGCAACAUCUGCUGCUAGUCCAGCUCCAGCAAGGACUGCAGCCUCUGCUGCUGCCACUGCUGGUGGAUCAUCAAGGAGGGCAACAUCUGCUGCUAGUCCAGCUCCAGCAAGGACUGCAACAUCUGCUGCUAGUCCAGCUCCAGCGAGGAGGGCAACAUCUGCUGCUGCUCCCAAGGGUAAGGCAGCAGCCAGUAAAUCUUCAUCAUCUGCUCCCAAGAGUAAGGCACCAGUUGCUCCCAAGGGUAAGGCACCAGCAACCAGAUCUUCAUCAGCUGCUGCGAAGGGACCAAGGUUAGCUUUCAUGCCUCCAAGACCAAGUGAUGGUUCCCAGAGAGCCAGGAAGCCCAGCAACAGAAUGAAGGAUUACUUGACUGCCUCUGGUGCAAAAUGA